GCCUGGGUGGAUGCCUACACACCAAGCGUCCUACUUUCAUGACGACGCAUCUUUUCUGAUUCCCUUGUUUGUUACUUGGUUUGUUGUAGCACCUACCGUCAAGAAAUAUAUGACAGACCAUGUCGCUCAUCACCGACGAGAUCCUCUUGAGGCUUUGGGAGAAGGCCCAGGCACAGCCAUCAAAUGAAUGGGCCUCGGCCAAAUUGUGGAGCCACCUCUGGGUCAAACACUUCUUCGUGGACAAAAGCUGGGUGGUGUCCCAGGAGACUCCCCCGGAGGGAAAUGGCCGCCGACGGGUAGACAUCACCAUCGAAUACAUGGGGAGUGAUAAGAACCUGGCAGUUCUUGCCUUUCAUGAAGCUAAGGCAUUGAGUGCAGGACCCCAGGACGUGGAAGACGCCGAGAGGCCAGCAUACGACGCUUGUAUGAGGUACCUGGGCGAACACCCGGACUUGCAGUUUGUGUAUGCGUUCACAUCGUUUGGAACAAAGGGGAGAGCAUGGCGGUGCCGUCCAGAAGAUGACUACCUGUCCCCUCUGUUCGGCUCGGAAGACUUAGCGGAACGUGAUCAGUACAUUGAGGUACACUCCUCGGAUGCGAGCCUGAUCAAGCGAGCCGUUCAGGCAAUGAGAGCUGCGCCACCAGUCAUGUAAGCCGUUCAAUGUCCGUGAUUCCGUACACAUACGGGAGAUCAGGGUAG